ACAGACCGUUGCUGCGAGAUGCCUCGAUCUCGACCUGGGGUCGCCAAAUCGUGUCUCGUAGAUUCGUCUCGGCAUGUCGCCGGCACGUCGAACACCUGCAUAGUGAUCUUGCUUGGUGCAAUCAAAGUCGGCGAUUCGUGAGACUUGACAAACGUCAUCGUGCGGUGACCUGUAUAGCUCCUUCUCGAAUAAGUAUUUCUGUUUGAUCUCUCUCUUCUCUCAAUUACACUCCCCUUCCAGCAGCCUCACAGGAACCCUUCACCAGUAGCACCCAAACAUGGACAAGAUCCCAGCCACCAACGACACCAAGGGCCAGCCUGAGUCGCUGCAAAACAAGAUCCUCGAGACUGGAGCCGGCCUUACACAGAACUUCGCCCCACCCCAGCGUAUUUGCGCACAUCUCAAUGCCUUCCACGCCUAUGCCAACGAUCCUACUCGUCAUGUCGAGACCAAUCACUACUGCGCACACGUGAACGACGAGGUGCGACAAUGCCUACUCUACGACUCGCCUGAAAAGAAUGCCCGUCUCAUCGGUAUCGAGUACAUGAUCAGCGCUCGUCUCUACGAAACUCUGGAUCAAGAAGAACGCAAGCUCUGGCACUCGCACGUCUUCGAAGUCAAGUCAGGCAUGCUGCUCAUGCCUCGUCCUACUGGUAUCCCUGAGGCUGUGUGGGAAGUUGCCGAGAACAAGGAGAUGGAAGAGGUCGUCACACUGUACGGCAAGGUCUUCCACCUGUGGCAGACAGACAAGGGUCACAAGCUUCCUCUGGGCCAACCUCAGCUCAUGACCAGCUUCACCGACUACGAUCAAUUCGACUUCGACAAGCAUGUUGGGGACAGAGACGGAAGAUUUGGUGAGGAUCACCGUCAUAAGCGUGAGGUCAGAGAGUACAUCAAGGAGCCCACCAUCCACCCAGAUGCCGAUGCAGCAUGGCACAAGGACGGCAAAGGCAAUGGCUCAACUGCUCAUCCAUCAGUCACUCAAAGCUCUCACAGCAAUGCUUAGGGAAGGGUAGCUCUGAAAUUCCUACUAACGAACCUUACGAUUGAACUCUGGUGCACUUUGAUGGUGCCCUGUCCAGUGACUGUUUUGCUGCGAUACCAAGUCCUUCCAUGCUAGUACCAUAGAUAAUGUAUCAAAGCUUGACGAUUCAAGUCCACUCAUCACAG